AUGACAAAAACUACGCUUGAUCUAUCUGUCUAUCGAUCGCUUAUCUUCAAUUUGAAACUGUACAUGAUUGAUUUAUUUUUAAUGAUAGGUAUGUUCAAGCUAUUUCAUGUAUUAUUCAUCCAUUAUUUAUGGUGUAUAAACUCAUCAAACGAAGACUUUAUUCAUGAGACAGAUGAACAUAUCUAUUUAAAAAUUCCGCAUGGUAUACCAGUACAAUAUCAAUAUCCAAUGAGAGCUGGUUUCCCCCCGGGUACAUUGGGGACAGAAAUAAGCGCUUUAAUUAUACCACCAGAAAAUAAUGCAAAAAGUGAAUUAAUAUCUUUAUAUAAAAAUAUUACUGAAUACAAAGAAUUAAUUGAUACAAAUAAAACGAGAAUAACAGAUUUUCAUUUUAAAUUUUAUGAAAGUUUAGUUAAACUGUAUGAUAAACAGUUGAAUGCAAAAGAGUAUAAUAAAAAAAUUUUCAAUAAUUUAGUAUUGAAACCAUCGAAUGCAAGAUUACAAUUUAUGAUGUAUUAUUGCACAGCACGAUUGGAAUUCACUAAAAAUUUAACUGAUGAUAUCUUUAUUAGUUCUGUCACUUCUCAGCCGAUGACUGACUUAGCGAAUAUUGGUAAUGUUGCUCCUGAGACGACUGUUACUCCUGAGAUGACUGUUUCUCCUGAGAUGACUGCUGCUCCUGAGACUACUGCUGCUUCUGACGACGCUGCUUCUGCUGCUGCUGCUGCUCCCAGUGUUGUGGCUCCUUCGAAUGCUGUAGUUCCUGUAAAUGCUAAUAUGUCUUCUAAUUCUACUGCUCCUUCUAAUGCUACUGUUUCUUCUGGUGAUUCUAUUCGUCCUAACAUUAGUAUAUCUCAUACUAAAACUCUUGAUGUUAAUACCACUGGUCCCCUUAAUAAGACAUCAACUAAAAAAAGACCUAUAUUAAGUAGCCAAUAUGAUAUUCAUCAGUUUUGUCCUAAAGCAUGUGCAUAUCGUGAAGGUUCAGGAUUCAGUGAUGAACACAGAUCUCAAUUGAAUCGUUAUAACAAUCUGUGCAAUUUCCCUGCAUAUUUUACGUCAACUUUAUCAAAACGAUGCAGUGAAGAAAAUUACCUUGGAUUAGUCCACCUUCAAAGUUUUAAAUGUGAAUGUUCAGCUGGUUUUGUAUGGAAGGAACAAUUAAAAUCUUGUUAUUUGCCAUAUGGAUGGCGUCAGAAAGCUGAAAGGUUGAAGACUACAGUCAGCACAAGAAGAAAUGAUCGUUUUGAAUACUUUAAGGAAAAUAAAUGUUCACGUAUUGGAACAAAAUCUAUUCUUCCAAUUGAAGCGAAUACAAAAUAUGCUAAACAACAAAAUCGUGAUAUACUGUAUCAUACUGAAAGGUGUAUUUGCAAAGAUGAAUUCUAUGGAACAUAUUGUGAUAAACGUAAAGAUCCAUGUAAAAUGCCUAUUGGAAAUGUUAUAAUGGGUGAUAUUGCAUGCAGAGUAAACGAUGGUAAUAAGUGUAUACCAAAUAAAGAAUAUGGUAUUUAUACAUGUCAGUGUACAAAAGCGUAUAAAAAACUAGUCAACAAUUCAACCUUGUUACCAAGAGAACGUGCAGCAGACAAUUGUUUAGUACGAAUUGAUCCAUGCUUAAUAAAUCCAUGUAAACAUGGUAUUUGUGUGAUGUCAUCAUUCACAGAAGUUCCUCCAAAUUAUGUUCCGGAGAAUUGGAAAUACGGAGCAGGUACUGGCAGAUGGGGAAUGAGACAACGUAGCCGAUACAGAGAUUGUUUAAGUAAAGCUUCUGACUGCAAUGAAGAAAUCGAUCGUAUCGCUGGUUUUCGGGGAUUCAUCAAUAAAACUGAAUCUAUUUGGCGUCAGUAUGAAUACCGGGGAUGUAGACCUCGACCGUGUGAUCGUCACCUCUAUUUGGCUUCCGGAACUCGAGCUCUGCAAAGAUCGCAACUUUCAGGACAAGUGGAGGAAAUUUUGUAUCAGUCACAUACUGUUCUAAUUUGGACAAUGUUAACAUUUACAUUUAUUUUUGCCAUGUUUGCAUUUCUAGCUACAUUUGUAACCAAAUUAUUUAGUGAACGUAUAAACCGUGAUAAGACAUAG